AGUUAGUGCAAAUGCUGGUCGAAAUUUCUCUCCUCUGAUUCCUAGAGAUUGGUUGCAAGAUUACGAGUUGUCACAGCAUGCGAGAAUUUGAUCGCCCUGUUCUGCGAUUUUCUUCGUUGAGCAAAAUCUGCUGCAUGUAGAUUGAUUUUUAUAAUGGGAUCUCGGGGUCCGUGUGGGAGGACUUGUGGGGCCAUGGUGUGGUUGAUGUGUGCAGUCACAUAUGUUUCGAGUAUGGAGAGUUUCAUUGUGUCAGCAAAUAGUAGCGAAUUUGUAGAAAGGGGUCCUGGAGAAGUAGUUGAAAUUGGGGAGGGGAAAGGAAGUUUGGGAUUCGAGGAUUGGAGUAGAAUUGUUGCAACUGAGCUGUUACUGAAUUCGAGAUACAGUUUAGGUGUUCAGCAUUCUACUAUGUCUUGCAAAGACCAUAAAUUAUCAGUGGAAGGUCAUGGUGAUGAGCAGGUGCUUGAAGUUGUGGUGAAAGAAAUGGAGCAUCGUGCUGCGAGAGACAAUCUACAAAAGUGGUUGACUCCCACCGACAAGUGGCAUUUCAUUAUAGGUUACACUAACAUGAGAGCUUUCAAACUGACUGAUAGACUCACACAAGGGGCACGAGUCAAUCAUUUUCCCAAUAGCAACAGCUCUUUGCAAUUUUUCUUAACCUUCAUCAGCACAGUGUCAGCGAAGGUGAUGUGUAGUAAGCCAAUUUUCCACGUGGUAGAGCCACUACUCCCUUAUCUCAAAAUUGAAGACCUGACCCUCGGUAAACUGAUCAGAGACCACGAAGAUGGUAACAAAGUGUCUGAAGAACUCCACGACGAGUUUCUUGGCCUAAAGGCAACCUUGGCUCACGGCGCUCUUACCAUGCGUGAGGUUGAGAUUCUUGCAGCUCGUUGGGCGAUCGCACUUCAAUUGGGGUCAAAGGACCCGUCACGUUUGCAUCUUGAGCAUACAGCCACGUUGCGCUAUACAGAUGGAGGAGGUCAGAUUGGCAUCGAGGUAAAUGAUGAGGAGGACAAAAUGUUCACUGACGACAUUUUAUUCACGAAGUCUCAACAUAGAUCGAAAACGAAUUCGGCACAAGCAAAAAUGCAAUCCGCUUCAACGAUCCAGUGUGAAUCAGAAGUGGGGACAGCAAUUGUGUGCUCUCCAAUCAUCAAAUCAGAGCUGAAGAAUGCGGCACACUAUAUGGCAGCACACGCGGUGGUCCAACUGGUGGAGCUGAAUCCUCGUUAUGAAGUGUUCAACAAGUGGGCUAAGUAUGUGACACAGAGUGUAACUGGAAAUCGUCUCACUAUCUUUAACAAUGGCUUGCUUGGUCAAGGAGAAGUGAUAGCAUGUGCUGAUACAGGAAUCGAUAUGGAUCACUGCUUCUUCAAGGACAAGCAUCGAGCUAUCCCCUUCAAUUCGGUCGAUUUGCAAGCUCGUAAGGUUGUGCAAUAUGUGAUGUCCUGGGGAGACAAAACUGACUUUGCUGAGGGCCAUGGCACGCAUGUAGUGGGUAGCAUUGCCGGCGAUACCGUUGAAGGUUCUCAUGAGUUCGCUGGCAUGGCUCCUGCCGCCAAAAUUGCAUUUUUUGAUCUGGGGAGUAACUCAUCCAAUCUCCAAGCUCCGGUUGAACUUGGAAGAGGCAUCUUCAAGCAUGGGUUCACUGCCGGAGCACGUAUAUUUUCGAAUUCUUGGGGUGUGGUGAGGCAAGGAUAUAGCUCGAAUUCACAUGACGUGGAUUCAUUUUCUUACUUGAAUGAAGACGUGCUGAUUAUCUUCGCGGUCGGUAAUGAGGGUGUUCUUGGGAGAGGGACCGUAGCUAUGCCUGCCAGUUCCAAAAAUUGUCUUGCGGUAGGGGCAUCAUUCAAUGCGGCUGGAAGUAUAGCAUCGCUAAGACAGGGUUACUCGAGAAACCUCAUGAAGCCCUCGAUGGUGGCUCCCUUUUCGAGUGCUGGACCAACCAUAGAUGGGCGUAUUAAGCCUGAUGUCUUAGCUCCAGGCAUGGUAGUGUGGUCUUCAGUGCCAGACUUCCAACAUGGUCCUCCACAGAAAAACUGCCAAAUUGGAUCAAAGCAGGGAACAUCAAGCUCAACACCGUUGGUAGCGGGGUUGGCAUCUUUGGUGCGCCAGUACUUCCGAGAAGGUUAUUACCCAUCAGGUAAGAAAAGUACAAAGGAUGGCUUCAUUCCAUCAGGUGCAUUGCUGAAAGCUAUGAUGAUUCACAGUGCUGUUCCAGAACAAUUAUAUGUUAACUCCUCAGGCAUGAAUGAUCUUCAACUUGCUCCGGACUAUGUGCAAGGAUAUGGACUAGUAGUACUGGAAAAAGUCUUGGUUUUUGCAAAGCCGAGUUCGAAGCAUCAGCCUUCGCGUAUGUUUGUUCAAUCGGGACGGAAAGAUGGGGCCGUGAUCAAACAUGGCAGUGUUCAGACUUUCACAAUUAGAGUGACUUCCUCGAAAGAACCUCUAAGAGUGACAAUGGUUUGGAUGGAUCCUCCAGCCGCACCUAGUUCUCUGCAUCCAAUGGUCAACGACCUCAACCUUAAGGCCCAAGGUCCUGACAACAAAACCUUUCACCCGAAUGGCUUGGAUAAAGAGGACUCCAUUAACAACGUGGAGGUCAUUCAUGUGAUGAAGCCAAAGAAAGGGAUAUGGAAUAUCACUGUGGAGGGAGCUAGGGUGGUGCUUCACAGACAGCCUUAUACACUUGUUAUAACUGGCCAGAUGCACAGGCUGCAACUCUGCCAAAAUUGUUAUGAUGGCAACCACGCUAAUGCGUCAGCUGCGGGUCUGCGAAGAAGUUCUUACUGGAAAUACAUUUAUUAUUUAUGGAUAUUUUUUAGAACGUUUUAUAUUCUGCCAUUCUCCUUUUCUCUUUCCUAAAAAAUUAGUUUCAUGUACAACGAUGUGAAUGCAACUCUAGGUCACGCUUUUCGCUAAGGAUACACUGAGUAUGAACCUCUCAUAAUUGCUGCCGUUUCAUUUGAAAUGGAACUAUGCAGACUGAGUGCAAAUAAGCCUCAAGGGCGAUGACAAAAUUUAUGAUAUAUCUCAAUGUGUACUGAAGUGUAAAAAU